ACAAAAGUGAAAAUUCUCUGUUGAAUUCUGAUCUUGGAAGAUCUUCACAACUGAAAUUCUAUGAAAUUUCUGUGGGGUGGUGGAGACAUUUAUAUAGAAAUUCGUUGAAGAAGUUCCCUUACAGUGUUCUGCUGGUCGCCACUGUCGACAAUGGCCAGAAACAGGCAGAGCAAUCCCAGCUCCGAAGGCAUGCCAGCUUCUACCCCGGCGUCCGAGGUUGCUAGACAACCCAACUCACUAGAACAGCCGCCUAAGAAAACUACUUCGGCCUCCGCUUCAAAUACCCCAAUGGUUGAAAAGUUGGCAAAACAUAUGUUCACGAUUCCGGCUACUCUGUCGAGAUUUGGCAAGCGAUCUGAUGCAGAAAAAGAGCUUCUUUCUAAAUUUGACAAGGAGGUGUUGUCCUCUGAAGCCGCAAUGAAGACCCUAAGCUACCUAAGAAAUGAAACCCAGGAAAAGUACCUUUACCAGAUUAGAAGAUAUAUACGCCAUUGCGCUAAUAAGGGGUUGGAUAACUUCUUUGUAACCAAGGCAUUGGCCAAAGAAUUGAUCCAAGCAGAAAUCAGUCGCCGUGGUCAAAUCAGUGAAAAUACCAUCAAAAGUAUAAGAUCGCCUUUGAACAAACUCUAUCAUAUGAACAGAAUAGUCUAUCCUUUGGAUCAGCCAUUUGAGCUCUUAAGUGAUGACUUAAUUGAGGAAUUGAUUCAGAGUUACAACCAGGAGAAGGAGAAAGCUUCCCUGUCCACAGUAGAAACCAAUGAAGAGCAAAAAAGUUUGGAAGUCAAAAAAGACAAGAUUGUUAAGAUAGGCGAAACUACAAAGAAGAAAACGUCAGAAAAUGAAGUUAAAUUGAUACUGAAGUUUAGCAACGAAAUAACAAAUUCAGAUAAAACCCGUCACAUAUUGAACAGUUUGACUGCAAAAACCUUCAAGGCUUAUUCCACAGACAUAAGACGCUUCAUCAGAUAUUGUGCUAGUCAAGGGUUGAACAACUUUCUUUUAAAUAAUGACAUAUUAAGAUCCUACCUCAUUAAUGAGGUCCAAAAUAAAAACUCAGGAUAUGCCUUAGCAAGGUUGAAAAAUCUUAGAAGCAGCUUGCUUAAAUUAAAUCAACUCAAUGCCAUUGCUUACAAUGAUACCUAUCAUGAAAGUGAUCUUGUUGAUGUCAUGAAUGAAUUUUUGGCAGAAGUUGAGAAGAAUGAACCAGGUGGAGAAAAUGAGUCAGCUACACUCUCGCCAUUAAAAAGAAAGAGAAAUAACUCUGAUCCAAGUCCAGAAUCAGAUCAUGAUCCAGUUUCAAAAGGAUUGAUUAAUACCCCUCAAAGCAAGUUGGAAGGUAAGCUAUUGGCAAAAUUGAACAUAUUGUUUGAAGAUACAACUUUGCUAAACGGUCUUACAGAGGCUAGCAAGAGGUUGUACUGUUCCGAAAUAGCUAGAUAUGUUCGAUUCUGUGCAAAAAUAUCACUUGAUAGUUUCCAUGUUCGAGGGGAAAUACUAAAAAGAUUUUUUAUUGAAGAUAUCAUUCCUAAUAAUCCUAACAUUACAGUAAAGAAAAUGAGAGAAAUAUUGAGCCGGUUGAACCGGUUGCAUCAGAUUAAUGGUGAGCAUGAUGUUAACCAUCCUCGAGAGAUUCCAAAUAUCUCUGUUCUUAAAGAAUUUUUGGAAAGUUAUGAAUCUAACAAAAGUGUUAUUGAGAAUGAUUCUACACGAGGAAAAUCACAAAAACGCAAUAAUGAUGCAAUCAUUCGUAAGCUGGAUGUUUUGCAUCAAAUAGUUGAAGUUUCUAGUACCGAAGGUGAAAUUGGUCAAAGGAAGUCUUCUGCACGAGAGACUUUCAGAAAAGGACCAAAAUUGGCAGACAUUAUAGAUGGUACUAUUGAAAAUGCCAGACCCAGGGUUGCACCCAAAUUCCAUAUUAACCGAGCGAUCACGACUAUAAUUGAAAUAAUUGAAGAAUGGCAAUUAAUAGAAGAAAGAGUUCGUAAAUGGGGAUUAGACUGGAUCCAAGACAGUGGUGAUCAUGAAUUAUAUGCAAGUAGAAAAGUUGUGAGUGACUUUUUGAAUGACUUAGUGGCUGAAAGUGGGGCUACUUCUUCACAAGCUGGAUCCACCAUUUAUGACAGUGGGAGAUUUGAGAUCGGGCUAGUGAUCGAUGAUUACAUUAGCCGCCAGAAAUUGAGUUUACACGAUUUCAUCAGUAAGAUCCAAAACUAUCCUACGCAUUCGAAACGCGAAUUUGUCCGCAUCCUAAGCCAAAGGUGAUGCUAAUAGUACAGUUAGUUGAAGGAAAAUUGAGUUGUCAAGUUCCGUUCGAAUUAAGGUAAUUAGACCCAAUUAGACCUAGAUAGAGUAUAAAAUAGCUGGAGGUUAAACCCUCGUGCCUCAAAAUGAUGCAGUCCUCACGAUGGCUGCAAAAAGUCAGAACGGUGUCACCAGCUUGGACGCCAGGUCCAACAUACACGAUUCGACAUAGCAUAAAUCGCGUGCAUAGGCGACUAAACACUACUUAAGGUACAGUAAGCUUUAUUAUACAACCUUAUAAUUAUUAUAUCAUGUAAUGCAAAGCUUGUAAAUC